AUGGCUACCGAAACCCUCACCCUCCCAAAGGAGCCGACGACACUCAACUACUACUUGGAGCUGAAAGACGGAGGCAUAGUUCAAACUUACCCAGGAACGGCGUUUGAGAAACGUAGGAAACAUGUCCCCCACGAAAUGUACAUUCACGACAUGCGUCAAGCACGCUCCGAAUUCACCUUCGACACGGCUGGAUUCGAGCUGGUGGACCAUGUGUCCAAGGAGAAAGAAUUCGCCGACGAAGAACAGAUCAGACAGAUCUACUAUCCGGAAAUUGUCGAACUUGUCAAGAAAGUGACUGGAGGAGAUCGUGUUCAUGUCAUCUCGCAUCUGUCUCGGCGUGAUACGACUCAAGCGUCACUGAAGGCCUCGGAGGGCAAAGCCGAUACCGAUUUCGUCACGGCCACGAAUCCAGCUAGAUUCGCCCACGUCGAUCAAUCUUACCGCGGUGCCGAACAACUUCUGUACCUCAACCUUCCAGAGGAAGAAGCGGACAAAGUGGUCAAGAAACGAUGGGCCAUUGUCAAUGUCUGGGCCCCCAUUAUCAAGAAGGUCACGCGCGAUCCUCUGGCCUUUUGCGACUUUCGUACCGUGGAUGAGAGGGACUUCCGAACCGUUGUCGCCAACCUGCCCCCCAAGGGCGCAGGAGAGUACGCCAACGUGUCUCAGAACAUGAGUCACAAGCAGCGGUAUGAGUACAAUCUCAACGGGGAAAAGGCGGCGAGAUAUGAGGUUACAAAUAUGGCGCACAAUCCCAAUCAGAAAUGGUACUUUGCCAGCGAGAUGACUCCCGAGGAGGCGUGGGUGUUUAAGAUAUUUGACUCCAAGAAGGAUGGCCGCGCGCGAUGCGCCGUGCACUCGUCUUUCCCGCUGGCAAAUCAGGACGAAGAGGGAGAACCAAGGACUAGCGUUGAGGUCCGUACCUUUGUGUUCUGGGAUAACGAGGAGGCUGAGUAG